AUGAUUAUUUUAAUAUGUUAUUCACUAAUACUCCGCUCGGUAUCUAAUCUCGUGUGCCGCAAUACUUCCUGGAAUAGCAUCCCCAGGAUAUUCUCAUUACUGAAAAGGAUGCCUGAAGAAAGUACGCAGACAACACAUUCAACCACUGAUGCUAGUGAUAAUACCACCGAUGAAAUUACAGAGUCCAACGAAUCUGCCGCAAUUGAUAGGAACAUAACCAGAUUGCCGCCUAUAGUUAUUUACACCGAUGGUUCCUGCGUCGAAAAUUAUGCAUCCGGUAUUGGUAUUUAUUUCGGACCUAAUCAUCCCUUAAACAAAAGUAAAGCGAUUAAAGGUCACAAACAUAAUAGUGGAUUGGCUGAGAUUAUUGCAGCCAAAACAGCGUUGAAAUUAUUGCGAAAAUGGAAUUUCUACAAAGGUGAAAACGUUAUAUUACGCACCGAUUUCCUACCACUUAUAUAUGCAAUGAAUAAAGAUGGCUUCAAUGGACGAUUUCAUACAGAAUAUUCUAAACUGAAGCAAUUAGCCAGCAGAUUCCCAAAUGGCGUACAAUUUGAGCACGUUUUUGGUCAUGAAGGAGAGCAUGGAAAUGAAGAGGCAAACAAUCUGGCUCGUCGAGCAACUAUGGAUGCUCGAUUGGCGCGAUCCCUCAGUGCACCACCGUUUCGUAACGUGUCACGUAAUCGUGAGUUCCUGAUACGUCGUCGUUCACGAUCACGAAAUCGCAGUAGUCGUGCACGAUUACGAAAUCGCACAUGUUCCAGACGUAUUAAUUCCUCAUAUCACCGUCGGAGUCGGAGCGCUUAUAUCUCAGGAACACGUUCCAAACGAUGA